AUGAAGCUCUCGCAGUACAUCUCCGCAUUCUCGCAACCACUUCAGCACCAAGACGCGACUGCUCUCGACCGUCUGUUAUCAAUACAUUCAAGGACUUCUAGAGGGCUGUCAGAGACUGUCGGGGAACUUACAGAAAGGCAACUGAAGAAUCCUGGAAUCACGCUGGAAGAACCAUGGAGCGAGAUUGCUGCUCGCCACUGCGCUUGCGUUCACGCACAGUAUAAACUACAAAACUUUGCUCAAGCCUUCGAACAUCAAAACACCAAAUUGACGCUGUUCUACCGCUGGCUCCCGGAUCAGUCAUCAUGGGUCCUGCCAGUGCUGUACACGAUGCUAGUAGACCUGCGGUAUCUUGCUGAAAGGGCCGAUGCUCCUAUAUAUAACUCUACAGGCAAAAUGCCUUCCCUCGAAAUCUGUACCCGAACAGUAAGCAAAGCCUUCUCCAUGUGCGCAACCGACCGGACAUUCAAGGGCUCUGAGUCUCGGCGUCAAGGCAUCUACCACACCGCCACCCUCGCUCUGAAAUGCUACUUCAAAGUCUCCAAACCCAACCUCUGCAAAAACAUCAUCCGCGCCGUCGUGUCGGAUCCGAAAACGCCCUCGGUAUCCACAGCACCGAUAGGCGAUCAGGUUACGUGGAAGUAUUAUCUGGGUAUGCUGGCGUUCUUAAAUGGGGAUGAGAAGAAGGCGGGGGAAGAGCUCGAGUGGGCGCUGGAACAUUGUCCGGCGGGGGCUGUACGGAAUACAGAACUGAUUCUCUCGUACUUGAUCCCACUACGUCUUCUCCAAGGCAUUCUCCCCUCUCCCCAACUCCUCGGCCUCCACCCCCGCCUCCAAACCCUCUUCACUCCGUUCAUCACCGCCCUCCGAUCCGGCAACCUAUCCGCCUACGACAACGCCCUUACCUGGGGCCAAGUCCGGCUUGUAAGCAUGAACAUCUUCCUGACAAUGGAAAGAGCGAGAGAAGUUUGUUUGAGGGUCUUGUUCAAACAGGCGUGGGUAGCGAUGGGCAAAGAGAGCAGGGUACCGAUUGGGACUUUCCAAAUGGCGUUGAGGCUGAGUGGGGCGGUGGUGGAAGGAGAGGAAGUAGAGUGUAUGGUGGCGAAUAUGAUCUACCGUGGAUAUAUCAAGGGGUAUAUAUCGCACGAAAAGCAAAUCGUGGUGUUGGGCAAGACAAAUCCUUUUCCAAAGACGUCGACGAUCUUGAGAUAA